UUUAGUCACUCUACAGGCUUUAAUAAAUAAAGACGUUCAGUUUGCCGAAAAACUUGACACCAUCGCCAGCAUCGCCAACACAAACCAACCCGAGAAAGAAGUUUCGCUGUGGUUGUGUUGUUGUUGUUGAUGUUGAUGGAGCUGGAUGGUUCAAUUGCUGUUUGAUGUUGUAACAUUGCAAUGCCUUGACGUCAAUAGAAGUAGCAUACUGUGAAAAAGAAAGUACGAGAGUUAAAGCAUACCGGUAGUACCAUGGCGACCAACAAAAAGAAGAGGAAGACUAUUAAUAGCACUUCCAGCGAAACUCCCACUGCUUCGAAUACUACUACUGCAACAGCAACAAGCAGAGACAACGUUAAGGACAAGCAGGAAGAAGCGUCAGUCACAGCUAGCAAGAGACGUCGUCUAUUGCCAACGUCAUCAUCCCAGCAGCACAGUCAGGACAAUGAGAAUGACAAUGACAAUGACAUUGACUGCAGUGAAUUGCAAACGCAGCAGGAGCAGCCCGACAAUGUCUUGAAUUCUACUACUGGUAGUCAAGAAGAAGAGGAGGAAGAAGAAGAACCACCAAAAUUGAAGUUUGCUCCAGGUCUGCCUACGUUACUGUUUGACCAUCUUCAGAGCAGUACUGAUUCUGUAGAAUUGGUGGAACAAGCCAUGGAUCAAUUGGCCAAUUUGUUGGAAGAUGCUUCCAUCCAGCUGUUGACUCAAUUGGUGGGGUUGGGAGGACCUGCAUUGGUCAUGUUGACCAUGAGAAAAUAUGCUCAAAAUCAAUCUAUUCAAAUCAAUGCCUGUUACAUUUUGGCCAUGAUUAUUCAUCACCACAAACAACAGCAGCAACAACAACCACAAAACAACAACCCUACACAGUUGAUCAAUCUAGAGACUCUGAUCUCUUCUAUGCAACUCAUGGGAGUCACGGACGUGGUUCUCCGUGCCAUGAAGAAAUUCCCCAAUGCGCAGCAAGUGCAAUUGUUUGGACUUUUGGUCUUGGGAAACAUGUGCACCAACACUCCUACUACGACAACGACAACUACGAACAACCAUGAUGAUCCAGAAACAGCAUCACGCGGUCUGCGACUCUUGAAUACUGAGCACGCAGGAGAUGAAGAUGACGAUGUGCUCCAUCGAGUGGUCUCGGCCAUGGACACGUUUGCGGACUCGUCGGAUGUGCAAGAUUAUGCCUGUUGGUUCCUCGUGCGGCUCCUAGACUCCUUACAACAACAACAACAACCACAAAAAAGACUAAUCAUGGAACCGGCAUUGGCACGACGAUUCAAGACACAAAUCGUACGAGUCGUCGCCACUGCCGUACAAAACUUUCCCGACCAUCCAUCCAUUUCCAAGGAUGCCUCGACCAUCAUGACGGCUGUUUUAAAAAGCCACCAUGACAACAACAGCCAAGGGACUAGUAAUAAGAACCACAACCACAAUGCCACGUUGUUGGGAGCAGAGAGAAGGAGUACCAGGAAUUCCAAAGACAACCAAAAGCCAUUGUUGCGGUAGCUAGGUGUUUGCUUAUACCGCAUGUUUACUUUGUAAUAGUUGUUCAGUUAGUACCGUAUUGUUGGCUCUUAGUCUUUGCAGUGAAAUGGCGACUUUUUUGAGGUGGGUUUCAAGAGGCUGGCAAAGAAAGUCUGACAACCGAAAAAGCUGCCACAUGUCAAAAGCCGGUAUUUUUGGCAGUUUGUGAUGAUGACCUCGUUCACCCUCCAAUCAAACAAGCAAACUGCCAUGGGAACCUUCCAAAUCACUACUACAACAGCAAAGCAGCCAACCCAGCCACACGACGAUCAAUGUCAGUCAGUCAGCUAACAGUGGACUAGUCUACGUACCACUGGUAUCCGUAGUCUUCGAUGCUGGCGAAGCACCUUGCAUUUACACGGCACUACCGAAACCGCGACGUCCAUGCUUUGCUUCGAACUCCGCAGUGGACAGUGCAGUCACUUGUUGCUUUCGUGGUUCCGUAGUAUGACAGAUGAUGGAUCCUUGCUA